CCCAUGUCUACACCCUGAAGUUGUGUAGACUGUCUUAUUGGCCACCAGAAGGCUGUGGAGAUCAAGCAUCCUUCACCACCCUCCAGAAACAGCAUAAAGCCAAACUCUGCUCCUUCAUCUUAAUGCAUCUAGGUGGCUGACACCAAUCCAAGGACUGUUCCGACCUAGAGCCUCCUCUUACCUGUGACGGGAGUUCACCCUCUGCCAUGAAAAUCCUUUCCUUUCUCUUUGCUCUCCUCUUGGUGGUAUUUCACGGAGCUGCAGGCUUUGCAAAACCUCCAAGAUCUUUUGUGAGAUGUGGAUAUCGUGGGACUUUCUGCCACCCUGGGAUAUGCCCUCGUAGCAAUGCUUACUUGGGAGUGUGUCGUCCAGGGUAUUCUUGCUGUAGAUGGUAA